AUGUUCACUAGGUGGUCUCUGAUUAUCGGCCUUGUUGUCAUUGUUGCCCUCAGUGCUGGCGCGUGGUUUCUGAGCCCAAAGGGCGAGAACCAAACGUAUGGAUCACCCUACCCUUCUCCGUCAAAUGGCACCCCAAUGGCACCCCCUGAUCGAACCGCGGAUGGCCAAACUGCGGCCCGGCUAUAG